GCAACACGGCCGAAUGUCAAGUCGAACGCGCACCUUCUGUGCCUGCCUGGCCUGGUCUCGCAGGAGGAUCCUAUCGGCUUGAUCUUCGUCCACCGUCGGCCGCUAUGGACGGUAUCGUGCCCGUCAAUGCGACAGACGAGGAGAUUGCGGCGACCAGCGUCGCACCAGCUGAUCGACAUGAUCCUGCCGCUGCUCGCGCUGCUCAGCAAGCAGGAGCGCAGGACGGCGAGGCAGAGAUGAUUGUGGAUGAUGACGACGGCGAGGGCGUAGACGGUGAAGCAGGCGAGGAAGAAGAGGCAGCUGUGCCCGCGGGGGAGGAUGUCAUCCAGCUGCCGUACGGCACAGAAGAGGUGGCAGUCGACUUGGGCGUACUCGACGAUGAGGGCGUCGAGGAUAUCUACCAGCUCUUCCAGGAGGAGUCACUCGGCGUGGAGUGGUACAUCCGUCUCACCCAUGGCUUCUGGAAGCGAGGCCUCGUCAGCCGGGCCUUUGACUUUGCGACCAGAGGAUUGAGCGUACUCCAAGCUGCCGCGCAAGCUAUCAAGCCGACAGCGAGACAGGUUGCGCUCGAGGGCGCAGAGGCAGAGACAGCCUACAAAGCCAAGCUGAAGGAGCAGAUACCCUUGCUGUGCAUGCUAGCCAACUACAGGCUCAAUCAAUCUCGUCGGGCACCGAGACUGCUUCUCGAGACAGCUCAGGUUGAUGUCCUCUCGUCUGAAGGACAGCCUGCCUAUCUGCUCGACGGUGACGGCAAGCUGAAGACAAAGGCGGCGUUGCUAUCCGAGGCAGAUACCUUCCUCACUCAGGCAGCUUCAUAUGAUGCCCAUUCACUCCUCGUCAGAGACUGUCAAGCGCAGUAUCUCAUCCUGACGGGUCAAAUUGCCAAAUUGGCAGCGCAUACUCUCUCCAAUGAGGCUCUCGAGUCCAGACGGCUCAACACAGCGCUGGAAGCAGAGACACGGCAUCGCAUGGCAAACGAGCAGCGCCGAACCAAAGGCGAGCCAGAGGUUCGCGAUGCUCCCUCUUAUGAUACCUCCCAGCAUCUGCUCGUCCUCCGUGUCAAGGCUUUGGUAGCCUAUGCGCAGGCUUCGACGCAUAUGCAACAGGCAAUAGCCGCAGCUCAGCUCACCUCAAUCUCACCGUCUACCUUGCCGCCCUCUCUAGAUCCUGCCGUGAUCGGGACGAGCCAGGCUAGCUCGGGUAUACCUGGCAGCGGCAAUGCUGCUUCUGCGCACGCUCUCUUCAAACAGUCUCUUCGACUGUAUCAGCAGAUCCUCACGCUCGCGCCAGAUUCGCUGCCCGAUCCCAGGAUAGGCCUCGGGCUGUGUCUUUGGCAACUCGGUCACUCUCAACGAGCAGUUCGAGCAUGGAAGCGCUCGAUUGCAAAGCAUCCAGGAGAGGCAUCCGCGACUGCCAAGUUGUUGCUCGGUCUCACGCAUUUCAAUACGAGCAAACAGAAGCAAAGGGAUGCUUCCAGUCGAGAAGCCGAGCUCGAGAGCGAGACAACCUAUCAGCAGAGCUUCACCUCUAUCGCAACUUGCUUCAAGGAGGACAAGAUCUGCUCGCCAGCUGCUUUCCUGCUCGCUGGCUUCUAUCAGGAGAGCGAUUCGAAUCGGUCGAUCAAGUUGGCAGAACGAGCGAUACAGUACUCUACAUCGGCAGCCAUGCUCUCCGAGUCUUAUCUGGCCCUCGCACGCACGCAUCAUGCUCAGGCUAAUCUCAGGACUGCACUCGAGUUCUACGAGCUAGCGAGUCAGCAUGCAACCAACCAGGUCGUCAGCUUGCUAGCCAUGGCCCAGAUCCGGAUCAAGCAGAACGAGCUUCCCGCAGCGCUUGACAGUCUGCAGAGGGUACUCAAGAUUGACAACAAUUGCAUCGAAGCGAUUGCCAACUUGGCAGUGCUCUACACAUCGGAAUACUUCAAGCUUCCCGCCUCGACGGGACUGGCGGAAAAGCAAGCAGUUGCCAAAGAAGCCAAAGAGAUCUAUGACAAGCUUCUGGGCCUCUUUGCUGCGUCGUCUGCUGCCGCACAGAAUGCGCUCGAUGUUUCUGCCUCGCGCACAGUGCUGCCGUCACAGAGAAGGGUCAGACUGGUCUCUGAGGAUGCGGAUGUCUACGUCGACGUGGCGAAGCUAUGGAUCGAAGACGAUGCGGCCAAGUGUCUCAAGGCCUACCGGGAAUCGCUUCGUGUCAGAGUUGAUCUCGCAUUAUCCCUGCCACCUCAACUGCACAAUAACAUCGGUUGCUUGCUGUUCCUGCGCAAUCAAACAGAUCUUGCACAGGAACACUUUGAGACGGCUCUGACGAAUGCUAUCACGCAAGUCGCAGACGAGACGGCUACGCUUGCGCAGGACGCAUUGAUCACGUUUAUCUCUUACAAUCUUGGCUUGGUCUACGAGGCAUCUGGUAAUACUGAUUUGGCUAUUGAUCUAUACCAGAACAAGUUGCUUGCGCGUCAUUCGGAGUUCAACGAAGCGAAAGCCCGUCUUGCCAUCAUCGCUUUGCAGAAGGGCGACGUUCAGCAAUGCACCAAGCUGCUCAAGGAAUGCCACAAGACGGACGGCAGUGACCUCGCGAUCAAGGCACUGACGACGUAUGUCCUCGUUGAGACGAAGCAGUUCAAGGCCGCCCGCGAUAAUGCAAGCUAUACGCUACAAUCUGCGGAUGCUAGGAAUGAUGUCUAUGCGCUCUGUUCGGCUGGCAUGCUUCAGUUCGAGCAUGCGAGAGAUCUCAGACCGAAGGACAAAAAGAGCUUUCAGGAACGCGCCGGGCGUUUCACUAAAGCUGCCGAAUCGUUUGAAAAGGUCUUGCAGAUCGAUCCAAAGAAUGCCUUUGCGGCACAAGGCUUGGCGAUCUGCUUGGCGGAAGGCACACUCAAUGUCAGUGCGCCGGGUCCGGACGGCAUCGUCUUAUCUGAGUCAGCACGACGAGCUCGCAAUCUUAGAGAUGCGAUUGCGAUUCUCAUCAGGCUACGCGAGACAGUCAACGAAGCCAGUGUCUACGUCAACUUGGGCCACUGCUACUUUGCCCGAGAGGAAUUUGAAAAGGCAAUCGAAGCGUUCGAGGCUGCUUCCAAGCGGUUCUCGAAUGAACGCAGCGUGAGCACUUUGCUCUAUCUCGCAAGAGCCUGCUUCCACAAGGGACAUCGCGAUCGAAGCUUCGCCGCUGUCUCCGAGGCUCUGGUUGCUGUACAAAAGGCACAUGCGCUGAACCCCAAGGAUCUGUCGAUCCAGUUCAACAUGGCCAUCGUUCAGCAUCGCGGUCUGGAGAUCUUGGCAGAGACACCGUCCGAAGCCAGAACACUGAGCGAAAUUGACGGCGCAAUCGUGGAAGCGCAGAAAGCUCAAGAGAUCUUUGCCAGGCUAGGUCGACAAAAGGGUGAAGAGGUGCCAUUCAGCGUGGACGCGGCACAACAGCGAGUGAGAUAUGGGCUUGGCCUCAUCAAGCGAGCAGAAGAGCACGAUCGGACGAGACAGGUGGAGUAUGAGUCGACGGAGCAAGCAAAGCUGGAGCGUGCUAAACGUGAUCGGGACGCCGAACGGAAGCGGAAGGACGACAUGGUCGCCGAACGGGCAGAGCGAGCACGUUUACAGGCCGAGCAACUGGCAGAGCAACGGAGACAGAUGCUGGAGGAUGCCAAGCAGUGGUACGUGCCUCGACCGGAGGGCGAGAUCGAAGAAGCGGCGAGCAAAGUGAAGCGCAAGGCAAGGAAGUCGAAGAAGAAGCAUACCGAGAGCGAGCCUUCUUCACGAGAGGAGAGCGGUCAGGUCUCAAAAGAAGCAUCAUCCUCUUCGGACUCGGAUGCCGGCGCGCCGAUCUUCAAGAAGAUGGUCAAGAAGAAGCUCAGAAAGGCCAACGGGACGCCGGCGAUCUCUGCUGCUGCAUCCGAACAAGAAGGCGAAGAUGGCGCGGACGAGGAAGGAGCUGUACGGCCGUCGAAGAAGCCCCGCAAGACUUUUAAAUCGAGCGAGUUUGUCGAUUCGGACGACGAGUAAGGAGUAAUUCAGGACAUCGACCUACUUGAGCUUGCCUGUCAAUGCAAUCGUGUGAGGGAUAGCAUCCUGUCCACUCGCUACGCCCUGUGUCUC